GUGGUUACAGUUGGUUAAUGCUUUUUAAUCGUUUGUUUCCAUUUUGUUUCGUUAAAAGAAUACAUACUACCGCUAUGGCCAACAGUAAAUUCGAAUACGUGAAAAGUUUUGAAAGUGAAGAUAUCCUACUUCCAAAUUGCUGGAUCGUUGUCAGAGUUGAUGGAAAAGGCUUUCACAAAUUUUCAAAAAAACAUGAAUUCGAUAAACCAAAUGACGCUGGAGCAUUGCGUUUAAUGAACAAAGCUGCAACAGUUGUUAUGCAAGAAUACAAAGACAUUGUCAUAGCUUAUGGCCAUAGUGAUGAAUACUCUUUUGUAUUAAGAAAAGAAACUUUCAUCUACAAUAGAAGAAAAGAUAAAAUAAUGACUUACCUGAAUAGUUUAUUCACAUCAGCCUAUGUUUAUUUUUGGAAAGACUAUUUCCCAUCUUUGAAAAUGAAAUAUCCACCUGCAUUUGAUUCAAGAGUUGUUCUCUAUCCUUCUGAUGAAAACUUGAGAAAUUAUCUUAGCUGGAGACAGGCUGAUUGCCAUAUUAACAAUCUGUACAAUACUGCAUUCUGGGCACUUGUGCUGAAGGGAGGUUUGUCUAAUUCAGAAGCUGAAAAAAAAUUAUCUGGGACUGUUUCAUCUGACAAACACGAAAUUUUAUUCAAGCAAUUUGAUAUUAACUAUAAUAAUGAACCUGUAUUAUACAAGAAGGGAACUAUUUUACUUAGGAAAGCAAUUAGGCAUCCUUUUCAUGGAAAACGAAGACAGGUAAUAUUUCCUUUUCAUGAAGAUCUUAUUCAGCCAGCUUUCUGGGAUAAACACACUAAUAUAUUACUAGGAGAAGUCAGCCAGUUUUAUGAAUAUCCUUCUAAAGAAUUGCUACCAAAUUUAGUUCUGCAGCAGUUACACUUAUGUGAUAAAAUAGAAGAGGAAAACUAAUAAAAACAGAUCCUAGGGUUUAACUGUGAUUUCUCUGGUGCAUUGAAAUGAAAUUUGUAUACUACUAUCAUAUUAUGGAAACUUACAGAGAUGGGAAAGCUGUUUAACAUAUUUUGCAUCAAAUUUCAAUUUUGAUAAUAGUGAUAAUACGCCACAAUAAUAGUGGUAACGUAAUGUCAUCAUUUCUUAUGAAGUUUACUAUGGUCCUUUCUAAUAUUUUUUGAUACUUGCAUUGUAUUCGCAUAAAAGUUUCGUUCACAUUGAUAAAAUUUUAUCA